AUGGCCUUGUCACGUCCCAUUCACGAUGAACUUGGAGCCUUGGACAAGGCUAUUAGUGGUGGUUGCUUGUGGUGGAUGGCCAGAGCCAAUAAAUAUGCCUCCAUUAACUUUAACCAUGUUUAUGACAAAAACAUAGGCAAUUCCACCUCUUCCAAUAACACAAACAACAACCCAUCGAAGCAUCAAUCUUCUACUUCCUUUUACUCUACCAUAUCAUCUCCUAAUAGCCCAAACAAUCUCUACAAAAACCAUCUUCCAUCUUCAUCGGCCCGAACCCAUGGCCGGAUGCUGGUUCUGACCCGACCCACACCUAGACCGAUAUCCACCAUCCAAACCCCACCACUGACUCCCUCUCCGAAAACCCCACCGAUCCAUCAAGCUCAAGUUCAAAUACCGGUUCAAACAGGGUCUGAACCAGAAUCAGACCGGAUUUCACUACGUCCAUUGGGUCGAACCGGGAGUGGUUCGAUUGGUUCUUCCCCGCUUCUUGGACAGGAGAAGCAGAAGGAGGUUGGGGCUAUAUUGGGGUCGCCUAAGCCAGAUAAGUUUGUGCCACCACAUCUUAGACCGGGUUUUGUGGGGAGGGAGGAGAGGCCUGGACCGGAGGUUUUUAGGGGUAAGGAGGUGGGUCAAAGGCAUCAGCAGCAAGGGUAUUUUGGUUCUCCUGUUCGGUUUGGUGAGGAUGGAAGGCCUAAGUCAGGUGGGUAUGAGAGGAUGAGAGGUGAUGAAUCAAAUCUGGGUUUCGUUAAUAAACCCACGUCCAGUGGAAGCCGGCCUAGUUCAAGUGGAUGGUAUGGUUCUUGCUAA